UUGGCAGGUUUAUAUACAUCAAAACAGAACAAAGAGAGAGGCUCCACAGUGCUAUAAAAGAAGAGAGAGAAAAGAAUAAAGCGACGGAGACUGAAUUACAAAAGAGCCGAGGACACUCUGCUAAUGAUUUUCACAUCCAAAGGGGACAUAAACUGGGACUUUGUGCAUUGUGGACAAUUUGCGAGGCUUAUUUUUUUUUUUUGGUUAUGUUUUGUGUGUUUUUUCUGCGACCUCCGAAAGUUUGUUUGGGACAACUCAGCCGUUUUUUCCCCUGUUUUUUUUCAAAAUGUAUAUUUGAAUUUUAAUUCCCUCGCAGUGUGAAACUUUCCAAAGGGACUGCACAUGGUUUCAAAGGGCUUUUGAAAAAUCCUGGAUAUUUUUUUCUUUCUAAUUCGUCCACCUCCACGCAGACGUGUUUGAACUAGAAUGUUGUAAAUACAUGCGGAUUUUAUUCACUUUUUCUGUCGUCGCUGUUGAAGCUUUUUUUUCCCCUGGCGUCUCUUUUUACGCACGUCGAUGCGUAUUUGCCCCCCAAAAAAACUACCCAUACUUUUAAAGUUUGAAUAAUUCAUGAGAUACAAUUUGCCCGCUCGUAAGAAGUGACUGUAGAAAGGGAGGGGGGUUAUCCACAAACAUAUUCAUAAGGGUUGACGGAAUGGCCACCGCGGCUUCCAAUCCCUAUCUGCCCAGCAAUAGCAUCUUAUCAUCCGGCUCCAUCGUGCACUCUGACUCGGGAGGUGGUGGCAUGCAGCCGGGGAGCGCUGCGGUUACCUCGGGGUCUGGGGGCUACAGAGGAGACCCCUCGGUCAAGAUGGUGCAGAGUGACUUUAUGCAAGGCGCAAUGGCAGCGAGCAACGGGGGACACAUGCUGAGCCAUGCCCACCAGUGGGUGACAUCGCUGCCUCACGCCGCAGCGGCGGCAGCAGCAGCCGCGGUCGCUGCAGCUGAAGCCGGAUCCCCGUGGUCGUCGAGUCCCGUCGGUAUGACGGGCAGCCCGCAGCAGCAGGACGUGAAAAACUCCGGCAGAGACGAUCUGCACACGGGCACCGCGCUGCACCACAGGCCGCCGCACUUAGCUCCCCACCAGACUCACGCCGGCGCUUGGGGGAGCACGACUGCGGCGCACAUUAACUCCAUAUCCGGGGGCCAGCAGCAGCAGCAGUCGCUGCUCUACUCCCAGCCGGGAGGCUUCACUGUGAACGGGAUGCUGAGUCCCGGCAGCCAGAGCCUGGUGCACCCGGGCUUGGUGAGGGGGGACACCCCGGAUCUGGACCACGGCAGCCACCACCACCACCAUCACCACCAGCAUCCGCAUCACCAGCACCACGGCGUCAACAGCCACGACCAGCACUCGGACGACGACACGCCGACCUCGGACGACCUGGAGCAGUUCGCCAAGCAGUUCAAGCAGCGGAGGAUCAAACUGGGCUUUACGCAGGCGGACGUCGGCUUGGCUUUGGGCACGCUGUACGGGAACGUUUUCUCUCAGACGACCAUCUGCAGGUUCGAGGCUCUGCAGCUCAGCUUCAAGAACAUGUGCAAGCUCAAGCCUUUGUUGAACAAGUGGCUGGAGGAGGCCGACUCGUCCACGGGAAGCCCCACCAGCAUCGACAAGAUCGCGGCGCAGGGGAGGAAGCGAAAGAAGCGCACGUCCAUCGAAGUGAGCGUCAAGGGGGCUUUGGAGAGCCACUUCCUAAAAUGCCCCAAACCCUCGGCGCAGGAGAUCACCUCACUGGCGGACAACUUGCAGCUGGAGAAAGAGGUGGUUAGAGUGUGGUUUUGCAAUAGGAGACAGAAGGAGAAACGGAUGACGCCCCCAGGAGUGGCACAGACGCCGGAGGAUGUGUACUCUCAGGUCGGCAAUGUGAGUGCAGAAACACCGCCUCUCCAUGGACUGCAAAAGAAUGUUCAGUGAAACAUAGAACAGAAU